AUGUUUUUGAGACAACGCUUCAAUCAAGUCAUUAUGCCUGGUAUUUUUCAUUUCUUUAAAAAAUCGAGUGAUCAUGAAGUCGCUAAAUCCGUACUUAGAGUUGACGUUGACCCUCAAAAGGAAAAGCCUUUUGAAGGAGAACAAUCCGAUGAAAUACCCGUAGAAGAACUUCCUGGUGUACAAAAAGCUCAAGCUACCACCAUUAUGUGGAGUAGGACUGUCCUUUAUUUUAUAUAUGCUUGGAUUUGGGUCUGCUUUUUCAUGUUGGCAUUCCAAUCUGCUAUUGGUAAUAAUAUUAUUUAUUAUGCUUAUAGCGAAUUUGAGGCUGCUCCAGCAGUAAGUACAGCCAACAUUUUGGCCUCGAUUAUUGGAGGUGUUCUUAAAUUGCCGAUUGCAAAAAUUUUGACUAUAUGGGGUCGUACAGAAGGGUUUUUGGUCUUUAUAGGUGUCUACUUACUUGGUAUUAUUAUUCUUGCAGCUUGUAAUGGUCCAAGCAGUUACGCGGCAGGAUACGUUUUGUAUUGGAUUGGAUACGAUGCCAUCUAUUUUAUAUUGGAUGUGUUUAUUGCUGAUACUUCUGGUCUUAGAAAUCGAGCUUUCAGUUUUGCCUUUGCUAGUACGCCUUUUAUUUGUACGGCUUUCACAGGUCCACUUGCUGCUCAAUCAUUUCUUAAGAUAACAUCUUGGAGAUGGGCUUAUGGUACUUUUGCUAUCAUAAUGCCAUUUAUAUUUCUUCCGCUUGCCUUUGUUUUCAAGUAUUACCAAAUAAAGGCUGAUAAGGCGGGCCUUAUCAAGAAAGGAGCUAGUGGUAGAACGGCUAUACAGUCUAUCAUUCACUAUAUCCACCAGUUCGAUAUUAUUGGUGCUCUCCUCUUGAUGGCUGCAUUUGUAAUAUUCUUACUACCAUUCAGUUUAGAAACUUAUGGAAGAGCCCAGUAUAGCAGUGCUACUUUUAUUUCUAUGGUUGUAAUUGGCUUCCUUCUUUUCCCAGCGUUUGGUCUUUGGGAAAAAUACGGAGCUCGUAAACAUUUCAUUGAAUGGGAACUUUUAACAGAACGUACUGUUUUAGGAGCAUGCUGUCUUGCGGCUAUACUUUACUUUAGUUUCUACUGUUGGGAUCUUUACUUUUACUACUUUGUAAUGGUUGUUUAUAACUUGGAAAUUUCUAUGACAGGCUACAUGUCCCAAAUUUAUAAUGUGGGUUCUUGUUUCUGGGGGGUCAUCUUCGGUUUGUGGGUUCGCUAUAUCAAGACUUUCAAGUAUACCUGUCUCUUUUUUGCUCUUCCCCUCAUGAUACUUGGGGCUGGGCUUAUGAUACGCUUCCGCGGGCAAGAUGGAAAUAUUGGAUACAUUGUCAUGUGUCAAAUAUUUAUUGCAUUUGCGGGAGGUAGUUUGGUAAUUGGUGAAGACAUGGCCGUUAUGUGUGUAGCUGAUGUUGGUGGAGUUCCAAUGAUGCUUGCACUUAUUGGACUUUUCUCAAGUCUUGGCGGUUCUAUCGGGUAUGCAGUUGCUGCUGCUAUAUACUCUAACACCUUCCCAAGUGCACUCUAUAAUGCCUUACCCGAUAAUGCUAAGUCAAACGCCACAAGUAUUUACCUCGGGGGGUAUCUGACUCAAAUGACUUAUCCUGUGGGAAGCGAAACCAGAGAUGCUAUCAAUUAUGCAUGGGGAUACAGUCAAAAGUUUGGUGCAAUUGCAGCUACAUGUAUAUUGGUUUUAGCCAUUCCAUCCAUUGCUGUUUGGAAGAACUAUAGAGUGGAUAAGAAGGGCAAUAAGGGUACUGUCUUUUAA